GAGGGGUUUACUGCCACCCAAACUGAUUAACAAUAAAUCAAAGAAAAACAUUGAGAAGAGAACAGUGGCUUUACAGGACUAUAUGGCUAGUGUUGUGGCGAGAUGGGAGGAAUCUCCUCGUCCUCUAUUGGACUUUGUUCAGUAUGAUGAACAUUCUGUUGUGGGAGUGACUAUGUUGUUGACAAAGGCAGUGAUUGAUAAAGGUGAAAGAAUGCUCCGCAGUGAUCAAAUGGUUGAAUUUACACCUCAACAGUUGCAUUGCAUUACUCAAAGACUAACAACUGAGGCACCUACAUAUGACACUAGUAGCAAAAAUCCCGCAUCUGAUAUUGGUCAUCUAUUUGAUUUUGUUCACCAAGUGAAAAAGUUGAAGGUUCAAUCGAUUGCUGGGGAUACUACCAAUGAGGUUGUGGUUGGUGCAAAAGGAGGCUUUAUCUUUGAUCUGUCUAUUUUCAAGUCACUGGAAGUUCUUGCUUUGCAUGAGGUAGAUCCUGCACUUAUUCGGGGAAUUGAAGGCAUUCAGCCACAGCUACGGAAGCUGACAGUUCAUUUUUGUGCAAAUCCUUUGCAGACUGUACUGGUUACCAGUGACUUGUGGAAUAUUAGCAGUGGCAGUGGUUCUUACAUGCCUGACGUUUGUGGCAAUGCUCCAUGUUGGACAAGCUUGAAAUAUGCCAACCUUCGAUGCAAUGAAAUAAAGACAAUAGAUCCAGCUAUUAGACUUCUUGUGAAUGUGGUAACAUUGGAUUUAAGUCAGAAUCUCAUUACUGAAAUUGAGAAUUUGGAUAUUCCUCAGCUGAUGAUCCUGAACUUGUCAAACAACAGAAUUUCGAGCUUGGUUGGAAUUGAGUCAAAGUUGGGAAAUGUAGCUAAUCUCAACCUUUCUCACAAUAGAAUUAAAUCACUUGAUGGAAUUGGUCGUUUGUACUCAGUUUUAAAGCUUGAUGUAAGCAUGAAUGCAAUCUCUGAUCUACAAUCAUUACGCGGUCUUGGCCGGCUGCCUUGCUUGGAGAGUUUAAAGUUGGAAGACAACCCAAUUGCCACGAUGAAGCAGUACAGACAAAUUAUUGUGGGAAUAAUGCAGCUUGAUGUGUUGAAGCAGCUGAAAUUUGAUGGAAUUCAAGUCACAAAGAAAGAGAUGUGUGAUCUGGAAAAAUUUAGAGCUCUUGCAUUGUCUGUUAUUGGGCCUGGUGAGUCAUCAUCUCCAGCACCUACACCUGUCCAGAGUCGAGAGAGUCGUUUAGUGCAAUUGCGAAGUGAUAAUUCAAGAGCAGCCGUGACAACUGUUGUUGAGUCAGUAGAGGGAAAUAGUGAAACAAGUGGGAGCAGAUCAGGUGAGUUGGAAUCUUGCUGCAUUUGUCAGCUUGUGGAACCUACAGAACGCAAAGCAUAAUUCUCUUUAGUCAAUCAGCUUUCUUCUUUUUCACAUUUUUGACAGCAGGAAUACUUACAUUUUUAAU